GGGGUGUGAAGUAGCUUUCUGUGGAAGCGCAUUUUUCAGUUUAGCACUGGUUUUUGAAGGGAACGCUUUCUGUGUCGGUUGAAGAUGGAGGAAAUAACAGAAGGGGUGGCUGAUAUGAGCGUGUAUGAUGCGCACAAGAAGAACCGGAUUCAAGUUUCGAACACCAAGAAACCAUUAUUCUUUUAUGUCAACCUUGCGAAGAGAUAUAUGCAACAGCAUGAAGAAGUGGAAUUGUCAGCCUUGGGAAUGGCAAUUGCUACGGUGGUCACGGUGGCUGAGAUACUAAAGAACAACGGUUUGGCAAUCGAGAAGAGAAUUCUAACCUCAACGGUGGACAUGAAAGAUGAGACCAGGGGUCGGCCCAUUCAAAAAGCUAAGGUCGAGAUUAUUCUGGGAAAGUCGGAACACUUCGAUGAGUUGAUGGCCGCUGCAGCAGAAGAGCGAGAGUUAGCUCCUGAGGAGGAUCAGGUUGGCCCCUGACGUAGACUUCCCUGUAGUUAGGUGUAGAGUAGACAGUGGCUCACAUCUCCCUCCAUACAUUGUACAUGUCGAUUUUGACAGCUUCAAAGUUCAAUGAAAUCUUUGAUGCCCUUGAGCACAUCGGACAAUUUUGCCAGGGUGAUUAUACGA